UGGUGUAAGUGUUGUGACGUAAGGUAUGGGAUGUGCUUUAAAGCAAUCAUAUGGACGACUGUGUGAUGUUAUGUCAAAUGAUUGCCAUUAUAUGAGUGAAUGUAAUAAACAUUGUUUUGUCUCAAUUGUCAAGUGUUUUGCAUUACUUCGGCUACGAUAUGUGGAUAUCAACUAAAUUGGAUCAGACAUCACAUAUCGACCAGUGCUUCAAUGAACUCAUCACUGAAUGCAGACUUUCAGCUCCGGGCGCUAGACUUUCAUAUUCAAUCCGAAACAAAUUGGAGAGACUGAGCAAAGAGGAGAGGAAAGUGAUUGUAAGUCGGGUUAAGGAGGGAUGCACUCCAUUGUUUGUCUCGUGUAAGAAAGGAAAUGUCGAAAUUGUUGAUUAUCUCAUCACUGAAUGUCACUCCGAUGUCGAACAAAAAGGUGUAUAUGAAGUACCCGACGACCGAUCCAUUCAUUAUGUAACUCCUCUCUGGUGUGCAGCUGUUGCCGGAAAGUUAGCUGUUGUCAAGUGUCUCGUCAAACACGGAGCUAAUGUUAACAGUGUUUCAGAUACGGGUAGUACUCCGGUACGAUCUGCCUGUUUCAUGACUCAUCUCGAUAUAGUUACCUAUUUGGUUGACAACGGGGCUAAUAUUUUGAAGCCUAACUAUAACGGCGGUACUUGUCUUAUAAAUUCAGUACAAAGUGUACCUCUCUGUGAAUUUCUGCUAAAACAUGGCGCAGAUGUCAACGCACAAGACAUACAAUUCAAAACAGCUCUUCAUUAUGCCAUUCAAGAGCAUAGAUUUGAAACAACUAAACUUCUUUUGGAUAACGGUGCCGACCCAUACAUAAAGAGCAGAUAUGGUGACGACGCUCUUCAGACAGCAUGUUUGAAGGGAGCGACUCAGAUAUUUGAGUAUUUAAUCAAAAAUGUCAAUUAUAGCAGAGCUCGUAUAGCCGAAGCUUAUGAACUAAUGGGAUCGACAUUCCUCGAUGAACACUAUGACUUACAGGCGGCUCUUCAAAAUUGGAGAAAAGCUUUAACCAUACGUAUUGAAGACCCAACUUUGUCAAAGCCAAACAAUGUUGUGCCAAAAGCUGCGUAUUUGAAUGCUUUUGAGUUUGAAACUCAUGAGCAGUUGGACAACCUAUCCAUGGAUUUGGAUGCUAUGAGAAUUCAAUCGCUAAUUAUUUGUGAGCGAAUAUUAGGAGCGCUUCAUAAAGAUGUUAUUUUUCGACUAAUGUUUAGAGGGGCCGCUUAUGCGGAUGGAUUACAGUACCAGCGAUGUAUUGAUCUCUGGAGAUAUGCUUUAGAUUUAAGAAUACAAAAGGAUAGUCUUCUUCAUAGCGAAACAUGUUUUGCAGCUCAAGCUCUGGUCCGACUAUAUCUUGAUUUACAAGAAAAGCACUCGAAUGGUGUUCUUCGGGAAGAAUUGAAAUUUGAUGACGUCUUCCAUACGGUUAAACUUUUGGUCGAAGAGUUCCCUAAAGCGAUGAGAUUGUUAAAAGUGCGGCCAAUCUUUAAGCGACAACAGGAUAACUUUGAUAAGAUUCUUAAGGUAUUGACUCAUCUAUUUUAUGUACUGAAUGUAAUCCCGAAGACAAUGAAACAAACAGAAGAAACAAAGCAAUUAAUAAAUGCAAUAAAUUUAAUGAACGCUCGCAACUCAUGUGGCGAUACUUUAUUACAUUUAGUUGUUUCAAAGGCCAACACAAUGAAAUCCAAUACAUUUAUUGAAGACCCGCAUACAGUCAUAUUUCCCGACCCACGGGUUUGCCAACUAUUAUUAGAAUGUGAUUUCAAUGUGGAUGCGUUCAAUAAUGUUGGUUCAACAGCACUACAUAUUGCUUGCACCCGAAACAACUUCAAUCAGGAUGUAGUCAAUCAUUUGUUGAUUUAUGGCACUCAUAUUGAUCGUCGCAAUGUCAGUGGCCAACAACCACACAAAAUGCUUAAAUCAAUUACCGAAUCAACAGUCAAUCCAUUAAAAUAUAUGUCACUUAAGUGUUUGGCCGCUCAUAAAAUAUCUGAACUUCAUAUACCAUAUAUCGGUCAAAUACCAGUUUCUUUAGAGCAAUUUAUUGCAAUUCAUUAA